UUCUCUUCUCGUCUCUCCUCUCGUCUCUGAAGUGUCCCCUUUUCUUCAGGGUUUUCGUUUGUGUUUAGUGAGAUCAUUUAGCAGUCAAUCAUGUCACUGAGGCCUAGUGCAAGGACUGAGGUUCGCCGGAACCGUUACAAGGUGUCUGUAGAUGCGGAGGAAGGAAGGCGGCGGAGGGAGGACAAUAUGGUUGAGAUCCGUAAGAACAAAAGAGAAGAGAACUUGCUUAAGAAGCGUCAAGUACUGUCGUCGUCACAACCGCUGUCUGGUGGUGCACCCGUUCAAACUUCCACCAUCGACAAAAAGUUAGAGAGCCUUCCUAAUAUGGUUGCUGGAGUGUAUUCCAAUGAUAAUAAUAUGCAGCUGGAGGCAACUACUCAGUUUCGUAAAUUGCUCUCUAUAGAACGGAGCCCACCAAUUGAGGAAGUUAUACAAUCUGGGGUUGUACCUCGGUUUGUCGAAUUUUUAAUGAGGGAGGAUUUUCCACAGCUUCAGUUUGAGGCUGCUUGGGCACUCACAAACAUUGCAUCAGGAACCUCUGAGAACACAAAGGUCGUAAUUGAUCACGGGGCGGUCCCCAUUUUCGUUAAGCUUCUAGCUUCUCCAAGUGAUGAUGUGCGUGAGCAGGCUGUUUGGGCACUUGGAAACGUUGCUGGUGAUUCUCCUAGAUGCCGUGAUCUCGUUCUUGGCCAAGGUGCUUUGAUGCCUUUGCUUUUUCAGCUAAAGGAGAAUGCCAAGCUUUCCAUGCUUAGAAAUGCCACAUGGACAUUAUCGAAUUUUUGUCGAGGAAAACCGCAGCCUCCAUUUGAGCAGACGAGGCCAGCUCUUCCAGCCCUCGAGUGUCUUGUUCACUCAAAUGAUGAAGAGGUGUUGACAGAUGCAUGCUGGGCUCUCUCCUAUCUGUCUGAUGGUACGAAUGACAAAAUUCAAGCUGUGAUCGAUGCUGGUGUCUGCAAACGCCUUGUUGAGCUUCUCACUCAUCCAUCUCCUUCUGUACUCAUCCCUGCUCUUCGAACUAUUGGAAACAUCGUGACAGGUGAUGAUGUCCAAACUCAGCAUAUUAUAGGGCAUGGUUCACUUCCCUGCCUGCUGAGCUUGUUGAGCAAUAAUCACAAAAAGAGCAUUAAGAAGGAAGCCUGUUGGACCAUUUCGAACAUCACUGCUGGAAACAAUGAACAAAUACAGGCUGUCAUUGAGGCUGGAUUAAUCUCUCCCCUGGUCAAUCUGCUCCAGACAGCUGAAUUUGAUAUAAAAAAAGAGGCCGCAUGGGCAAUAUCAAAUGCGACUUCUGGUGGUAGCAAUGAGCAAAUAAAGUAUUUGGUGAGUCAAGGUUGUAUAAAACCCUUGUGCGAUCUUCUUAUAUGUCCGGAUCCAAGGAUAGUGACCGUCUCUUUAGAAGGGCUCGAGAACAUCCUUAAGGUAGGGGAAAUGGAGAAGAAUGUGGGUAACACUGGUGAAGUUAAUUUCUAUGCCCAGAUGAUAGAUGAUGCUGAGGGAUUAGAAAAGAUCGAGAAUCUGCAAAGUCACGACAACAACGAAAUUUAUGAGAAGGCUGUUAAGAUUCUGGAGACUUAUUGGUUGGAGGAGGAAGAUGAAACUGUGGGCGAUGGUGCUCAGCCUGGUUUCAACUUUGGUGGAGGUGUUCAAGUUCCAUCUGGUGGAUUCAACUUUAACAGCUGAAGGGUUUUGAGAGGAAGAUGAAAUACAUCAGUGGCGUCAAAGGUCAGGUCGAGUUGUCGGUUGGGUCGGGUCGGGUCGCUUCAGAGCGUCUUGUGUAAUUUGGUUACACGAUGGUCCAGUGACGGUCAUGUCAUGAAGAGAUUCAAAGGUGGGUUCCAGUCCAGUAUACAAAGGGAUUGGCCGAGGUCUUAUUUUUAGGGAGUCGGGGUCUGAAGGGAAAAAAUUGUUUUGAGUGAUGGAAGGGUGGUCGUAGGGUUCGAACGAUGGGUGGUAAUGGUAUACGGAGUCUAUUUUUCAGGUCAGGUUGUUUUUCAUAUUUCUUUUCACACGUUUAGAAGGUUUAUGAUGCCAGGAAUGAAGAACGAAGAAGAACAUAAGUUUUGGUCCAUUUGCUUUUGAAUUUCGAAAUGUUUGAUUUAUAUUCAAAUUCGUUGACUCUUUGUUUUAUGUCAAAUGAUUUGUAUUCCAUCU